AUGAGUCGUCCACCUGCUACUGUUGAUCCAGAUGAGCUAUACAAUGUCGUCGCAGGGGCUGCAAGUCAAGAUCCAACCCUUGUCACCUCUUCGGCCACGAGAUUGAAGGAGAUGCUUGACAUGCAUGGCACAUUCGAUUGCCUGACCGCGAUCGCAGCUCAGCGCAGCGUUCCCCUGAAUAUUAGGCGGCAAGCAAUCAUACAAUUCAAGAACAAUGCACUUGCCAACUGGAGGGGAAGAAGACUCACAUCGGAUGCCCAAAAGAUCCAAAUUCGUGGUCGCUGCCUAACCUUCUUAGAUGAAGAAGAUGAUGUCAUUGCAGACUGCAAUAAAAUUAACAUUGCAAAGAUGGCACGGGUCGAUUAUCCUCUCGCCUGGCCCAACCUCAUGCAAGAUCUCCUAUCUGCUAGCGAAAGCGCUCUUAAUUCCUUCGUAACCUCUGGAGGCAGCGAUCCUAGAGCAGCACUAGUGCUAGGUCGUUCUCUGGACAUCGUAAACUACAUCCUUAAAGAAUUCUCAUCAAUAAAAAUGCCUGCUGGAAUUAAGACCAUGGGAAAGUUGGUCGAAGGGCUACAUCUCCAGUUACAAGAACAUUACAACAAGCUUUCGUCCAAUUUCCCGUCAAUCAUUAGCACCUCCUUAAUCAACGAGCGAUCUACUGCAGAUGUCAUUGCAUGUGCACAUACUGCUUAUAAAUGCUUGUCGAGGAUGGCCGUAUGGGCAUGGCACAGAAUAAAUUUGAAUAGCUUUGGCGAGAUGCAACCAUGGGUUGUGAGCUUUUUCGAGGGUUCUGCGAUACAGCUGCAGGGCCUUGAAGAGUUACGCAUCACGGUCGUCUCCUCUCUAGGAUCUUCUUUGGCGGAACAACCCACAAAUCCGAAUGCGUCUCGUUCUAUCGAUUACCUUACUCGUCACAUUCGUCAAUACGGUAAACUCUUUCGCCGGAUGCAGCAGUUGAACUGUUCAAAGUUUGUUGCUCUGAGUAGCUGUAGCGAUCUCGUGCUUUACUACUGGAGUAAAGUCGUACAAGCAACCAACGGACCACCCGAAUACAUUGCUGAUUCCCAAUAUGCCGUCUUUCCUGUUCGCUUUAUAGUCCAGGCAAUGGUUCUCUUUAAAGAGAGUCUUGGACAAUGGAGCUUGACGAAGAAGGGACCAAAUGGAGCUGCUACCUUUUCCGAAGAGUUCGUUAACGAAGCUGUCAAACUGCUUGUGACGCGCUUCAUCCCUCUGAACCCGAAGGAUCUCGACGCCUGGCUUGCCGACCCAGAGGAAUGGGCCAAUCUUGAGGACAAAGAGAACGAACAAUGGGAAUACGAGUUACGGCCUUGUGGGGAGAGGGUCCUCAUGGCCCUUGCGAACCAGUAUAGGGAUUUUGUAACGCCUUUGCUAAAAGCGACGUUUGAUCAAAUAGUCGGUGUACCAGCAUCUGACCUCAAUACAAUCCUUCAAAAAGAAGCACUUUACUGUGCUAUUGGACGUUGUGCAAGGCGGCUUGUCGAUGUGAUACCGUUUCAAGAUUGGAUCGCGAACAGUCUCACUGCCGAGGUCAGAGACCCGAACCCCAACUUUCCUAUACUCAAGAGGCGUAUUGCCUGGCUGCUAGGUAAAUUAGUCAGCGACGAGUGUAUUCAGCCGGGAAACAACAUAUGGCACAUUCUAAUCCACUUGUUGACAAACCGAGAGCCGGGAUCUGACCAAGUCGUGAGGUUUACCGCUGCGAGCUCGUUGCGCGAGUGCGUAGAUAGCCUUCAAUUCAGUGCAGAUAGUUUCAUGCCAUUCCUACCUGCUGCUGUUUCUCAACUACUUGAUCUAAUGGCUGAGGCUGACACGUUAGAAGCUAAGCGUCGCGUAACACAGAGCCUAAAUGUCGUGAUCGAAAGCAUGGACGAUAAAAUAGUUCCGUACAUGGAGACAAUUUCAAAUGCUAUACCUCAGCUCUGGAUUUCUGCCGAGGGAGACUUCUUAUACAAGGCAGUGCUGUUAGAAACCGUGUCCAAGCUCGUUGCGGCAUCAAAGCAAGACUCUGUCUUGCUGAAUUCGAUAACAGUACCCUUACUGCAGGACAGCUUUUCUGAUAGCCUUCGUAUAGGAUUAGACGAGGAUGCCUUGGACUUGUGGAAGACAUGUAUGAGAAACGCUGUCACUCUAGAGAGCGUCAAUGGUGCACCCUCUUUGCUCCAGCUCUUUCCAAUUGCAAUUGCCCUCCUCUCUGAAAACCUUGACCUGCUGGGAUCAAGUGCCACAGUAGUCAAGUCAUACCUUGUUCUUGAUGCGCCUACUGUUGUACAGGCUUUUGCAUCGCCCCUCUUUAAUGCUCUCUCCAAUGCACUCGAAAAGGCUAUUCAAACAAAUCAGAAGGAUAUGAUUAUCCUUCUGCAGUUGGUCGUGCGGUUGUCUCCUUCACCUCUAUGGGCGGAUGCAUUCCACGCAUCAAAUGUGUUUUCCAAUGUGAUUUCAAGUCUCAUGGAAGACAAAUCCCUGACCAUGCUAUUAACGGAGCAAGUCUGCUUGUUCGCACGAAUAGCAUUAAACGAUCCGCGCGUCUUAUCACAACUAAUGUCUGCAACGGCAGUGAAAUUAAAUAAGCCGGAAAAGGAACUAUGGGACGGACUCCUCGAUCAGUGGUGGCGAAGGUUUGAUAACAUGUCAGAGCCACGGUAUCGCAAGUUGGCUGCUAUGGGGAUUGCCUGCCUCGUUGCUGAAGGAAGGCCUGAGGUUCUGGAGCGUCUUAACGGCGAGAUCUUCAACCUCUGGUUAGACGUGUUCGGAGAGAUGAAAGAGGCCCUGGUGGAGAUUCAAGAUGAAGACUCCGAAAAUACUCUAUCUACGCUAUCCGCUCUCGUUACGUUCUGGAAGGACAGCGGGACUGUUUUGCCAGAUUCAUUAGAUGACAUUGUAGGCACUCCAGAACACGAACGUUGGAGACAGAUCUACCUGCGCGAUCCGGUCGAGACACAAAAACUGACAACAUUCGUUGGCCAAAAGCUUCAACAGGCUCAGACAUUGUACGGGCCCGUCUUUGAGUCAACCUACUUGAAGGACACCGAUCCUGGUGUACUGAAACAACUUAAGGAGUAUCUUUCUUCUUGAGUAAGGAGGGGUAACAAUAAGAAACUUUCCCUGAUGAUGAUAUCUUUAGAAUUGUCCAUUUCUCCACGAUCUAUGACUACCGCGAA